GCGGGUAGAGCGAGAGAGGGAGAGCGAAACAGAUCGAGAGAGAGUUUUCUGCUGCAGCAUCACUCACUUCAAAUAGCGCACCCAAACUGUCAGGAUACCACCUCAUCCGAAGCGAACCCAUUGGAGUUAAAAUCACCUGCGAGGCUGCGACUGCACUUUCUCUGAAGUAGACAAGGACCCAACGAAAUAAUUUAUUUUAUUUAUAUUUUUCUCAGCUACGAAAGGGAAUGCCAUCGAUAAAUAUGAAACUGGAGAUGGUGACCAUCAUCGCCUGCGAGGUAGACACGGAUGUGUUUACGUCCGACAAACUGCAGGAGCGGUUCGAGGCCCUGUUCAGGAUCUAUGACGAGCAGACGUCCUUCCAGAUGUUCAAGAGCUUCAGGCGAGUCCGCAUCAGCUUCAGCACUCCGGAAGCGGCCGCCCGCGCUCGCAUCGAGCUCCACGAGACUGAGUUCAACGGCAAGCAGCUCAAGCUCUACUUCGCCCAGGUUCAGAAUUCUGGGGAGGAUAUAGACAAGUCGUACCUGGCUCCUCCCGCGCCCGUCAAACAGUUCCUCAUCUCGCCCCCUGCCUCGCCGCCCGUGGGCUGGAGCCAGAGCGAAGAUGCCACGCCUGUCAUCAACUACGACCUGCUGUGUGCGGUGGCCAAGCUGGGCCCAGGGGAGAAGUAUGAGCUGCAUGCGGGCACCGAGUCGACCCCCAGCGUUGUAGUUCAUGUGUGCGACAGCGAUGCAGAGGACGACAGCGACGAAGCACGGCCCAAGCAGAAACAGCAGAUCGUCCAAACCCGACGCCCCGACGGACCGUCGCAAGUCCUCAACUAGGACGCCACCCCCUCCGGACCCCACUCCUACGACCCCAACACACACGCACCAAGUCCUGUCUUCUCUGUCUCUGCAUUCGCAGAGCACAACAAGACAACGCCCCUCAUUUCAGUUCAACCAAAAACACACGAACAGCAGACAGUUGGUGGUGUUUGUGGAGGGAGCAUGGCUAUUGGAUGGAAUGAGGCGGCCUGGCCCGUAUGGAUGAUGGAGGAUGGAUGAGAUUCACACACACACUCAUCACACUCAAAGGAAAGGAAGGGGGGAACGGGGGUGCCUAACUCUUGACCCCUGACCUCUAUUCAGCCAGGGGCGGUAAUGUAACACCUUGUCCCCUAAAGCAGGCACCCUGUCAUAGAAUUAUACACUCAGCUCUCAUCUGUAGAAGUACUGUAGUAGUUCAUCUGUAGAAGUACUGUAGUAGUUCAUCUGUAGAAGUACUGUAGUAGUUCAUCUGUAGUUGUACUGUAGUAGUUCAUCUGUAGUUGUACUGUAGUCUUACCUCGUCCUUCCUUCCUGCUUACUGUCACUGGUUAGUUGUGUCGCGCAGUGGUCUUCGGGGACAUGCAAUACUUACAAAAAGGUAUUUGGGUUUCUUUACUUUUUACUUUGAAUUUUUUCUUCUGAUUGUUAGUCUGUUAUUCUUCUGCUAUUUAUCAUAUCAGCUGAUUGGUUGUUUCUGCUAACACAGAAUGAGGAUUGAUUGUCUGGUAUUCCUCUUCUUGUCUUCAUGUAUAUAUGAGAACAUACUCCUACAGAGACUCAAAUACUAAACUGCUGUAUAAAGCAAAGGAACCUAUGGAGGUCACACUACAUAGCAGCAGGUCGCCAUGUGGUAACAUCAGAGUUGUGGUGGUGUUCGCAUUUUAUUUACAUAUUUUUUGGUUUGCUAAUGUCCUUUUUAUCGGAGAGGUGUCUAUUGAAGUGUUGCUGAACUAGGUGUGCAUUCUUCUUAACAUGUAUUCGAUACCAUAAACAAUAGGUUUUUUUGCAUGCUUACUAACGUAGUCGGGAGCUGAGGCGUUUUAUACUGGUCAAGACGACAGGGAAAUGGAAUGAAGCUUUUGACGACACGCAUAUCUCUAGUUUUAUAGUGUCGGGGGAGACGGGGGAGACGGGAGAGGCUGGCUGAGGGAGAGAAAAGACAGAGUGAACGAGACCUUUACAGUGUGAGUAAAGCCGAAGAGUUGGGCUUUAGGAUAGGAGUAAAGCCUAAAAGUUGGGCUUUAGGAUAGGAGUAAAGCCUAAAAGUUGGGCUUUAGGAUAGGAGUAAAAGCUAAGAGUUGGGCUUUAGGAUAGGAGUAAAAGCCUAAGAGUUGGGCUUUAGGAUAGGAGUAAAGCCUAAGAGUUGGGCUUUAGGAUAGGAGUAAAGCCUAAGAGUUGGGCUUUAGGAUAGGAGUAAAAGCUAAGAGUUGGGCUUUAGGAUAGGAGUAAAAGCCUAAGAGUUGGGCUUUAGGAUAGGAGUAAAGCCUAAGAGUUGGGCUUUAGGAUAGGAGUAAAGCCUAAAAGUUGGGCUUUAGGAUAGGAGUAAAAGCUAAGAGUUGGGCUUUAGGAUAGGAGUAAAAGCUAAGAGUUGGGCUUUAGGAUAGGAGUAAAAGCCUAAGAGUUGGGCUUUAGGAUAGGAGUAAAGCCUAAGAGUUGGGCUUUAGGAUAGGAGUAAAGCCUAAAAGUUGGGCUUUAGGAUAGGAGUAAAGCCUAAGAGUUGGGCUUUAGGAUAGGAGUAAAGCCUAAAAGUUGGGCUUUAGGAUAGGAGUAAAAGCUAAGAGUUGGGCUUUAGGAUAGGAGUAAAGCCUAAGAGUUGGGCUUUAGGAUAGGAGUAAAAGCCUAAGAGCUGGGCUUUAGGAUAGGAGUAAAAGCUAAGAGUUGGGCUUUAGGAUAGGAGUAAAAGCCUAAGAGCUGGGCUUUAGGAUAGGAGUAAAAGCUAAGAGUUGGGCUUUAGGAUAGGAGUAAAAGCUAAGAGUUGGGCUUUAGGAUAGGAGUAAAAGCUAAGAGUUGGGCUUUAGGAUAGGAGUAAAAGCUAAGAGUUGGGCUUUAGGAUCGGAGUAAAGCUAAGACUAAUUUCCUACAGAGGGCAUUUUUUAAAAUUCCCAUCUUACCAGUAAUGUUUUUGGGGUCUUGUUAUGUUAUCAAUACAGCUUUCUUCUUCUGAGACCUAUAUUGCUUGUUUUGCACUGAAAAUUACUCGAUCUCUAGAGCUACAUUAAAGGAAUGUCCUGACUUUCCUCUGUCAGCUCUUAAGAGUUUAAGGCUGCUUCUUAGUUCUUGCUGUAAACAGCUCAAUAGUCAGUAGGUGGAAAUAGUCCAUUAGGUUUUAAUGAUUGACAUUAAGCGUUGCUGAGAAAUUGAAAAAGGUUCAUUAGCCUCCCAGCCUCUGGAGAUGGCAACCAAAGCCUUCAUCUCACCUUGCAGUCACAGCACAAACUAUAUAUUUGGAAACUCGAGAAACUAAAGAGAAGAUAAAAAAGAAAUGUUAUUAAAAAUGAGUUUUAUUGUCACAUACACCGGAUAGGUGCAGUGAAAUGUGUUGUUUUACAGGGUCAGCCAUAGUAGUACAAUGCCCCUGGAGCAAAUCGGCUGAAUUACUCCAAUUUGGAAUACUGCUGCAUUCACAGUUGUUACUUUGCUCACAACAAAUCUAUAAGUUCUUCCCAACUCCCAAAUAAAAUGAAUAAUACAUUAAUGAAGUGUGCUUUUAGUCAUUACUUUUAAUCCUCUCCUAAAUAUCUUAGGAGGAAAUUUAAUAGUACCUUUUUCCAGAAUUAUAGAUGUUUCUCCUGACCAUGCACCUUGAAUAAAAAAAAGCAUAAAAUGUCAAAUAUAAUGUCAAGUGUCUGUUAUUACAAUGAUUUGAUGCCAUAAAAAGUCCCUCAUGUUUUAGUUUUGUCACAGGAACAUUCUCCAUGUAGUGAGUCUGUUGUAUAAAGACUAUUCCAUGUAGUCUGUUGUAUAAAGACUAUUCCAUGUAGUCUGUUAUAUACAGACUGUUCCAUGUAGUCUGUUGUAUACAGACUGUUCCAUGUAAGAGUCCUUGAUUUCAUUCCCAACCUGAAAAGGUGUUUUGAAACCAGUAUAUUUUUACAAAAUAAAAGCCCAACUGUUGAGGGGUACAUUUGGGCCUCGGUGGUUAACCUAAACCUUUUCUGUUUUAGACAGCAUGAAAAAUGACUUCUUUUUUGCUCACAAAAGAUGGUCUGUCUGCAUGCGAGCACUUUAUUGUCAGCAGUGUUUUUUCUUCUCACUGUAGAUGCAGUCUUGCUAGAGAGAAUGUUCUAUAUUUCUUUUGUUCUUUUUUAAUAUUCUGUUUUUCAGGAUGAACACCUGGGUAGCCUUCUCACUAGCAGAGCAGCGUGAGUUUAACACUCAAAUAUUCUGAAUUCCAUCUCUCGCUACUGGGGUUUUGAAGGCUCUGAGGCCUUUGGAUAUAUGUGCAAGAGUGUACUACUGAAUAGGUGUGGUAGGAAGAACAGGAAAACUUGUAUUUUGAGAGGAUGGUUGGUUGCAACUAUAGAACAAAUGUGUGUUUUUGUUAGUGUUUGUCCUUGGAACAAGUGCAAGCUUUGUCCUUUCAGAGGUGACUUCUAAAAACAUAGCUGCCAGCGAGUGUUGAAACACACUGCAAUGGUACAGGCAGUUUUUAGUUGUGCUGACUGGUGAAAAUAAUGCUGAUUGAUGACAAAGAUAGUGAUUAUGUUGAUGAGGCUGUUCUGAUGUUUUCUACUGACUGCUGUUCUCUGUCUCUGAAACUGGGAGCAUUUUGGGUCACAGGCGAAAAGAUUUUAAAAAAUGUAUUUUAUUUUUAUUUAACCUUUAUUUAACCAGGUAAGCCAGUUGAGAACAAGUUCUCAU